AUGGAUGCCAAGCCUGCGGCUCUGCCAGAUCCGGCGCCACAGGAGGGUGACUCAGCGAAUGCUGACUCGCCAGCCGCAGGUGGAGGCCCGGGCCCGAACGGCCAUCCUGGAACGCGGCUGCGGUUGAUUGUGAGAGGACCAAAGCCACCGGAAUCUGAGCCACCGGUCGAACAAUCACUACGUCGAGGUCGCGGUCGGCCAAAAAACAAAACCCGGCUCGCCAUCCCUAACAACACACCUCGCCGUCCCUCCACCGCAACCGCCGACACACCACAGAACACAAGGAAAAACUCGGCACCCAACAUGGCUCAAGGCGCUGAGGACUGCGCGACUGUGCUCGAGCAGUUCGUUCAUGACUCGGCGAACUUGCCCCUCGAGAUCAAUCAUCUGAUGGAGGAGAUUCAGGCCAAAGAUAAGAUCAUGCAAGAGUGCCGCGCCACCAUCAACUCCAAGGAUGGCAGCCUUCAAAAGUUCAUCAAGCUGAAUGGCAGUCUGGCCCCAAACCCCAAGGAAGAGCAAUACACCAAGGCUGUUCUUCAGAGCUUUGAUCGGAGCCAGCAGCUACAGGAUGAGAAAAUCCAACUCAGCGAGAAGGCUUGUGUUCUCCUGGACCGCCAAAUCAAGAAACUCGAUAUGCGCAUUCGCGAGCUUGUGAACGACGGUGUUCUCUCCAACGAUCCUCCACUCCCUUCCCUCUUCGACAACAAGAACAACUACCGUGACCCUCCUAAAGUCUUUUUUCCCGACGCCACCCCAUCCGAAUCCUCAUCUUAUGCCACUCCUGUCAACCAGACUUCCGGCAACGUGAAUCCGAUUCUGGCUGCGGCUCAGCGCCUCAGCCAAGCUACUCCACGUCUGUCCGGCCCCUCGGCUCUCACUGCCCAUAGCGGUGCUCGAAGCUCAGCACCCGCCACUCCUGCCGCUUCGGGGGCGAGCCACCUUCUCCAGCGCCAGCGAGAGUCUUCCGCUGGUGCAGUCGAUACCAAACGUCGCCGACUGAAUGCCUCGCUGGGUACUCUGCCCGCCGCAUCGUCCAACCUGCGCCAGUCAUCCAUGGGCCCCGGAACGCCCAAGCCUGGAACGCCUGCCGGUAGCCGUGCUGGUAGCGUGGGACCACGUGGAGCAACCGGCAUCAAGAAAGCCCUGACGAAGAAGGUUGCCCCUCACCAGCAAAUCAAGAAAAUCAAAGCCUCAGCCGCUAGCAAGCACACCAAACGGUCUUCCAGCGCCAGUGGCCGCGUCAAGGCAUCGAAGAAGUCGCCUACAGGCGAGGGUGACGAAGAUGAUGAUUCUAUGCUCAGUAGCGCUGACAUGUCGGAUUCUGACAAAAGCGAUGCGGCUGAUGGCGACGAGGAUGUGGAUGAUGAAGACGAUGAGGAGGGAGCCGAGGAUACCAAGGUCUACUGCACUUGCCGCACGGUCAGCCAUGGAGACAUGGUUGCCUGCGACAAUGACAGCUGUCCCUAUGAAUGGUUCCACUGGAAGUGCGUUGGAUUGACUCGGGAGCCAGUUGGAACUUGGUACUGUGAUGAAUGCCGAAAGACCCUUGGCAAAUAA